CGGGCCUCUGCAGAUCAAUAGCCACUUCUCUUCAGUACAGGACCUGCUGGAGUUUACUGGGACCUGCAGGCUCGACUCUAACUGUUGUGUCUCGAACCAGGAAAUGUGGAGCUAAAUUUAGAAGGCCUAAUUCCUGCCAUGUUUUUUUGAUAUUUUGUUUCACCCGUUUGACCUACAUGUUUGUUCUCGCUCCAUACAAUCCAAUUUGUCCUCUUCAUCCUCUCCUUCUCCUCUUUAAGUAAUAAGAUUGAGCUGGACGUUUAAAGGCCUACAGCACGCACACACACACACACACACACACAGAGCAACCUCUGCCCCCCGAAUGACGGCACUGCCACAUCUCCGGCAAUCUGUAAUCUCCCCCAGUAGACGACAGAAUACAGCGUGAGAAAAUGACAGACAGGUGAUGAGGCAGCGAGAGGUGUCACUGAAAUAAACUCUGAAGUGAUUAAAGGAAAAAAAGAAUGCAAUGGUUUCAAAAGGAGCAGAACUCUGGGAUAUAUUUCUUUACCUGCUGGAGUUAAGGAGAUUUAAGGGCUUCCACCCUUUCCUGUCACUGCUGCUCCUUCAUCAUGGUGGACUUGUUCUUAAACCGGGUUCUGGUAGAGAACAACUGGGACCAGGAUGAACUCAACACAGAGCGCGAAAUCAUCGCAAUCCUUGAAAACCGCAUCCUGAUGCUGUUCUUUGCAUCUGCUGAGUGUAAAAAGUGCCGGGAGUUUGUGCCGGUCUUGAAUGACUUCUUCAAGAGACUGAAGGACCCAGCAUACAUUGAAUACCCCAAACUGCUUGCACUCAUCUACGUGAGCUUGGACCAAUCAGAGGAGCAGCAGGGCAGUGUCCUCAAAGAGAUGCACAAAAGGGUUCUGUUUUUGGCCUUUGAGGAUCCAUACAGGAAGGAACUGCAGGCCAUGUUCAAGGUGAAGGACGUCCCAACAAUAGUGGUCCUCCGUCCUGAUGGGUCUGUUCUCUCUCCAAAUGCCGUGGAGGACAUCUGUCGCUUUGGUUGUGGCUGUUUCGGCGACUGGCAGGAGUCGGCGGGGCUCAUUGAGAGAAGCUUCAUGCUCAACGAGGAGUUUGACAAUCUAAAUCUGCGCAGUGCCACUGAGCCUGUGAGGAGACUGAAGUACAAGACAGAGGACGACAAGAGGAAUAAGAAGUGGUGGAAGUUAUGAGGGAAGAGAAAAGUAAGGUAAGAGGAAGAAGAGGAUGGUGGAGUGUGGGAUACAAAAGAGAUAGGAACAAGGAUAGGAAGACCAGGAAUGAAACAACUGAGCUGUAAGCUGUUUCCACUGAUAUUUAUUCAUGUAAUUGAUAAUUAACUAUGAAUGAAAUAGUUGUCAUGACUGUUUUUAACUACUCAUAGACUCAUAUACUGACCAAUUCAACAGUGAAGCUUAAAUCAUAUCCAGCAGUUUCAGAAAAACAGCAACAACUAAAGUACAGUCAAAAAACAAAGCUAAAAAACAACAACAACGUUGUAUCCAGUAGUUCUGCUGGAUGUGUGAGCGAUGACUGUUUGCUAACACUUGAUCACAAUGUGUGAGAGUGUUUCCUCCACCUUUUAUUUUGAAGCAUUUUUACUCCUCC